AUGCUCAGAAGAUCUUCCACGUUGAAACAAGGCACGUCGAAGGCAACAAGCUUAAGUCCUUUGCAUGUCAUAGAUGGAGUGCGAAAACUGUCGAAAAAAUUGAUUAUCGUUUCUGGCGAGGACAAAAUUUCGAAGCAGGCCCAAUACAAUGCUACUCUACUUAUGAACAUUCUGAUUCGGUCAACACUGUGCUCCAAAAAGAUGGCAUCAACCCACAAGCUCAAUAUGGAGGCUUUCGACUGGCUAAUUGGUGAAAUCGAGACUCGAUUCCAACAAGCUAUUGCACAGCCUGGUGAAAUGGUUGGAGCACUUGCUGCUCAAUCUCUUGGAGAGCCUGCCACUCAAAUGACUCUGAACACUUUCCACUACGCCGGUGUAUCUGCAAAGAACGUAACUCUUGGUGUACCGCGCUUGAAGGAAAUCAUCAAUGUUUCGAAGCAGCUGAAAACACCAUCUCUGACAGUGUUC